AUGGCAUUCAAGUUCAUCGUCCUCGCGGCUUUCCUCGCCGUUGGCAGCGCCGGAGUCCUUCCAGCGUACCACGUGGAGCACUCAGCUCCCCUUGUCUACGCACAAUCACCCGUAGUCAAAGUUGAUGCUGAGUAUGAUGCCCACCCGGAAUACACAUUCUCGUACGGUGUCCACGACUCAUUGACUGGUGAUGCCAAGACUCAAGAGGAGUCCCGUAACGGGGACAAGGUUGAGGGUAGCUACAGUCUCGUUGAAGCUGACGGCAGCAAGAGGAUCGUUCACUACACCGCCGAUGAUCACAAUGGAUUCAAUGCCGUUGUUGAGAAGCAGCCAGCAGUUCACUCAGCUCAUGUUGUGCACGCCGCCCCUGUUGUUCCUGCUGCAUCUGUUGUCCUUAAAUCUAGCCCAGUGUACCAUGCUGAACCUGCAUACAAAAUUGCAGCCCCAGUUGCUCACUCCUACAGCGCACCCCUUCUUCCCUCCUACAGCGCUCCAGUGGCUCAUGUCUACAGCGCACCAGUUGCUCAUGCCUACAGCGCGCCAGUUGCUCACGCCUACGCCCCAGCACUCUACCACCACUAA